AUGGCAUCGUCGUCCGAUUCUUCCGUCGACCUUGCCACUGUUGACGCACUCGAGUUGCUGCCUGACAACUCUGCUGCUAAUUGGCACUCUUAUGCUCAUUCCGUUGAGGUGCUCCUCUCCUCUGUUGUGGUCAGCGGCUACAACCUUCGCUCGGUUGUCUUUCAGGAAGGCGGUGGACUUCAGCCCGUGGCCCCCACCGCUCCUACUGGACCUGCCCCCGCCCACCCUGGCGCCGAGCCCUCUCCCCCCAGUGAUCCUCCCACCUUCGCGCCGAAUGUCAACGACCCGCAGAGCUCGGAAACCGCCAUUCGCACCUACCGCACCAAUCUCCAAGAGCACCUGCGCCUGCAAUUGCGUUACGAGGACGACAGGCGCAUCUAUGACGACGCCGCUGCCCGCUACAACAAGUACCAGGAGGACCUGGACACCUACACUGCAGAACUUGCAGACUACACCACGAAAAUUAAUGCCUGGCGGGUUGCUGAUCGGCGUGCGCUUGCCAUUCUUCUCGCCACCAUCCCCUCCUCUCUCAAACGCGAGCUCACCUUUCUCCUCCUCCCACCUGUGGCGACUGCUAGUCGACCUUUUCGAUCGGCAGGACGUUGCCACUCUUUACGCCCUUAUCAAGGAGGACAGUGCUGCGGCCAAACCACCCAUGCCACUGAGACGUGCUUCAAGGCACUCAGUGAUGAGUGGUUUGCCCGUGGCAACACCGGCACCCCUCCUCGCUGGUCCGCCCUCAACCCUCGCCCCACUCCCCUUGAGGUCCGUUCCUCUCCCCUUUAUGAACCUCCCUCCUCCACCCACGCCCACCAGGCCCUCGCCCCUCCCCAUCAGCAGCACCAGCAGCAGCAACAGCAGCAGCAGCUUGGGAAUCAGCAGCAGGGGUCACAGCACAGCCCUUUCCUACCUGGACUGGUGGGAGUGCUGCCUCUGCAGCCCAUCUCUCGGGUGCGUCCCCGGCGCCGUCUGCAGGUGGCAGUGUGA